AUGGAAGCAGACAUAGAAUAUAAUAAUAAUCAACAAGAGAAAGAGAAAGAACUAAAAGAAAAUAGUAAUGUAGAGACACAACAACAGAGUAAUGGUGAUCAUACAAACAAUGAUACUACACCCUCAUCAUCGAGUGAUCGUAGAAAGAGAAAAUCAGCUCCUCCUAAAAAGUUGACCAUCACCAAACAAGCUCAACAAAGUUGGACUAGUCAAAAGAAAGUCAAGCCUACUCUUGAUAAUCAAGAUGAUGAAGAAGAGGUGUUGCAAGGAAAUGAUGUACAACCACAACAACAAGUGGGGAUGGUAGAGGAUGAAGAAGAAGAGGAAGAGGUUACACUUUUAAAAAGACAUCAAUCGAGUAGUAGAGAUAUUGAAGAUGUUGUUGAACAACAACGACAAGUUACAACAUCAUCAACAUCAACAUCUACAACAAAUAAUGAUAUUGAAAUUAUUGAUUUGGAAGAUGAAAGUAGUAAUACUACUACUCCUCCUACUACAAAGAAGAAACAACAAACAACUACUACUAGUAAAACAAAGUUAAAGAGAUCAUCAACAUCACCAUUCAAUUUAAAUGAUAAAACAGCUAAAUGGAAAUUAACAAGUAGAAAGUUAUUGACUGGCUAUAUUGUCAAACCAAAUGAACCAUUGACCAAACCAGAUAGUUCAAUUUUAAUUGGUGAUAUCACUAUUUACUCUCAUGAUCCUAUUCCAAAUAAUUUUAAUUAUAAUCAAAAUCUAUAUCUUUAUAUUAAUCCUGAGCAAACACAGGAAAGAAGUACUAUGGGAUUUAUUGUAAAUCAAUAUAAUAACAAUAGACUCUUUGAAAAUGUUAUCAUUCAAUGCAAAGAUCAAGUGAUUAAUGAUAUAUUAUACCUUUAUAAUAAUCAUUUUAUACAAUGUUUAUUUACCUAUAACAAUCAAAAUCAAAAUAAUAAUAAUAAUAAUAAUAAUAAUAAUAAUAAUAAUAAUAAUAAUAAUCAACAUUUAAAUAUGUCAAUUCAAGUAUAUUUAAUUGAAAAGUCAUUUGAAGAGAUUGAAGAUCCAUGUCAAGUUGGUAAUCAAAAGAAACAAAACAAGGCAUUUAAAAGUAUUGUCAAUUAUUUCCUAAGAAAUGAAUCGGUAGUAGAUCAAUCACAAACUCAAUCUUUGGAUGGUCAUGAUGAUCCAAUUGAUAUUGAUAAUAUGUCUACUCCAUCCACUUCUUCAUUAUCUGCAACUCCUUCAUUACAAUCAUCCUCCAAUUUAAAUUUGGAAACUUCAACAACCUCUACCACUUCAACUUCUACAACCAGUACUACUACUACUACUCAACCAUCAUCCAUUAUGUCAUCAAUGGAUAUUGACCAAUUUGAAGUAGUGGAAGAUGAAUUACAAGAUGAAGAAAUGAUGAUGAUAUUAAAUGAUGAUUUAACAAAAGAGUUGAAUCAAGUGGAAGAAUUUAAUCCAAAACAUAUUUAUGAUCAAAUUGUUCCAACUGACGAUCUACAAGAGUAUAGUCAACAAGAGUUGAGUGGUAAAGGAAUGUUAUCAACAUUAAAGAAAUAUCAAUUAAAAACUGUUUCUUGGAUGCUCAAUAGAGAAUUAUCACCAGAUAUUGAUAUCUCAUCAUCUGCACCAACAACAACAAAAGAUCAAUCGAUUCAUCCAUUUUGGAGAAGAAUAUCAAUUCAAACUGAUGACAACCAAUCAUCAUCAGUUGUAUUUUAUUUUAACGAAUAUACUGGAAGACUGUCACGAUCACCUGUUCUUUUAACAUCUAAAGUACCUAUUCGUGGAGGUAUCUUGGCUGAUGAACCAGGUAUUGGUAAAACAGUAGAGUUUUUGGGAUUAUUAUUGGCCAAUCAAAACAAUCAAAAGGAUUUACCAAAACAAAUUGAUGAUAAAGAGGAAAUGAAAUUAGAGUCAGACUCUGAAGAGGAACCAGAAAAACCAGCUGCCAUUAUGGAAUAUAUAUCACAAAAUGGUGAUAUUAUAGCAUGUAUUUGUCAAAGAAAUGAAGCAGAUCAUGGGUUUGGUCUGUGGGUACAAUGCGAUAGUUGUGAAAGAUGGCAAAAUGUUUCAUGUGUUGGUACAAGAUACAAAUCAAGUAAAGACCUUUACUUUUGCAACUAUUGUAGUGACACUAAACGAAAAUUAUAUCAAGCUUAUCUUGAUAGAAGAAAUCAAAAACAAAAUAAUCAAAAUAAUCAAAAUAAUAAUAAUAAUAGAUAUUGGUCAAGAAACACAAUGAUAGAAUGCAAGACAACAUUGAUUGUGGCACCAUCACCCAUUUUUGCACAAUGGAAAGAAGAGAUUGAAAAACAUACCAAAGGAUUAAAAGUGUACGAGUAUUCUGGUAUUUACAAGGAUAAUGUUGGACCAUGGGACUUGGCAUCGUAUGAUAUUGUGUUGACGACGUAUGAUGUGCUGAGUGGUGAGUCACAUUGUAUUGAUCCACCUAGCACACAUACAAAGUUACGAUUCUCAAAGUUGGAAGCACCCAAAAGCCCAUUGUUGUCGGUACGCUGGUGGAGGGUGUGUCUUGACGAAGUGCAAAUGGUCGAGUCGACAUCAUCGAAAUCGUUGUUGAUGGCCACUGCUCUGUCUCGUGUACAUAGCUGGGGAUUGUCUGGCACAAUCAUCCAACGUGGACUAGACGAUCUCUUUGCACUGGUUCAGUUUCUUCAUUUCGAGCCAUUUGAUUCGAAAUUUUGGUGGAAACAUUUUAUUGCCAAUAAUUACAACAAUAAUGGUGGAAACAAUAAUAAGGAGUACUUUCCACGUCUUGCCAAAUCGAUCAUGCUGCGAAAUACAAAGGAACGAGUGGCUGACGAACUGGGACUGCCACCUCAACAUGACAAGGAUACCAAACUAUUAAACUUUUCAGUGGUCGAGCGAGUAUACUAUAAAAAGAUGGCAGAAGAGUGCAGCCAGCAGGCACGUCUACUCUUUAACAAAUAUACACGUGGUCAGACAACUGCGAGCAGUUCAGAGAUUACAAAGAUCUUGCACCCCCUUUUGAUAUUGAGAAAGAUAUCUCAACAUCCACAAGUUGGUAACAAGGAGUUUGGUAAUGCCCGAAACCUACAAAAGAAUACAAUGACAAUGGAUGAAUUACUCGACCGUCUCAUUGAAAAUGCGUCAGUCGAGUGUAAAAACGCACAGCGUGACUUGGUGUAUUGCAUCAACUGCUUGGCUGCGACGCACAUCAUUCGCAACCAAUUUGACGAUGCUGCGACGCUCUAUAGAGAGUCGCUGAACCUUCUCGAGAGCAACCAGCACUUGUACAAGAUCGAUUGGUUCUAUCAACUGCACUCACUGUAUCAACUGGGGUACCUCGUGUCACUCAAAAAACUGACGAUACAUACGACCCGUGACGACGACUAUGCAGCCGAAGCAGAGGAGAUUAAACGUACACAACAGGUCAGACGUGUGGCAGAGGUAACCAAAGACCUGGACGUCUACCAGGAAUCACAUACCAAGGUGGAAACAAUGCUCGACGAUUAUGAUAAACGUUCGAAAAAACGAGAGUGGUGGUCGGAAGCACUCGAAGCACUCUCUAGCACUUCUGAUGAAAAGUCAAAGUUGAUGCAAAAGAUUACAUCUGAAUUGACACAACCACAGGUGUUUAAAAACGCCAAACACAUAGUAUUCAACCGAUACAGAGAUCUCAAUGGAUUGACGUUUAUCUUGUCAACCUAUAUCCAAGAUUUAUUCCAAGAUCGUCUUAAAAUGAUAAAGAAUAUGCAGUCGAUUGCAAAGACAGAGUUUACCAAUGAACAAGUACUCAAAUCCAUUCAUUGUGGGUACUGUCGAACCAUUCGAACGAAAAAGGGUGGUGGACAAUGCAGCCAUUGUACAGUCAGAGGCUACAUGAUUGCCUAUCAAGAAAGAAUGUAUUCAUCUAAAAAUAUGGGUGGUGGCGAUGGUAUUGGUGGCGGCGACGAUGACGAGACACAAGAUCGUGAACGACAAGCUGCAACAAAAAGAUCAAGAAACAGAACUAGUUUGGCAGAAGAUAUGGAUAGACUGAGAAAACAACAAGGUCGUCAAGAUGAUGAUUCAUUUGAUUUAACCUUUCUUACGGUCGAUGAAAAAACAACUAGUAUAGUAGAUUCAGAGGUUGAAAUUACUCUUAAAUUAUUGGCUCGUUUAGUUAAAUCUGUUGAUUCUGAUUUAUCUGAUGAAGGAACGGAACAUAUUAAAUUAUUUGAUGCAAUGAAAAAGGAAAUUAGAAGUGCAAGAGAUUUAUAUUCAUCAUCCAAAGAUUUAUUAAAUUCUUAUGAUGAGGUGAAUAGUGCUCAAAAUAGAUUUAGAUUAAGACAUCAUGGUGAAAUAUUGGAUGAAUAUGAAGAAAGUUUUACGAUUAGACCAAUUGAAUUGGAUUCAUUUAUCGAGCGUUUGGUCAAUCAAAAAAAGAAUACCCAUGAUAACUUUAAAAACUUGUACAGUCAAUUAAAUUAUCUACGCAAUCUAAAGAAAUCAAAAUCAAAGGUUGAUUCUGAAAAGAAAAAAAAGAAUCAAGAAUUAUUAAAAUCAAAUGAAAUGAUUGAUAAGGAUUCUAUUAUUACUAGUACUAGUACUAGUACUACAACUACUUCAACAACAACUACAACUGCUACUACAGAGGAGGAAGAAGAAGAAGAACCAGAGAUUUGUGCAGUAUGUCAAGAGAAACUUGGACAUGCUGGAUCUGAAGUGGUAUUGAUGUUUUGUGGACACUCUUUUUGUUAUGAAUGCGUCAUGUUUAUGAUUGAAAGAGUACCAAAUGCUAAAACAAUUCAAUGCCCAAUUUGUAGAACUAGAGUCAAUAUUGAAGAAUUAUCUUAUAUUAGUAAUGGAACAACAACAACAAACAAAGAUGAAAAUAAUAAUAAUAAUAAUAAUGAUAAUGGUCAAGAGAAUCAACAAGAAGAAGAAGAGAUAACAAAUAUUAUAGUAAAAGGAUCAUAUGGUACAAAGAUUGAAUCUGUUGUAUUGACAUUACUUUGUAUUUUUGAUAAAGAUCCAUUACAAAAAGUAAUUCUUUUUUCACAAUGGUCAGAGGUAUUGGAAAUUGUAUCUAGGGCAUUGGCAGAGAAUGGAAUUGUGUUUGAAAGAGGUGAUAAGGGUGGACAACAAUUCCAAGCAUCUGUGGCAUUGUUUAGAAAAGAUCCAACCAUUCAAGUACUACUUUUACCAACUAAAAGAGGUGCCAAUGGUCUAAAUAUUAUCGAAGCCACUCAUGUAUUCAUUGUCGAACCAUUAUUGAAUCCUGCUGUCGAAGCACAAGCCAUCAACCGUAUCCAUCGAUUUGGUCAACAAAAGGAAUGUUAUAUUCAUCGUUUUAUCAUCAAGAAUACAAUUGAAGAGAAAAUUGUACAGCUACGUGAAAAGAAUAAUAACCAAUCUGAUAAUUGGAAAAUGGCUAAAGAAAGAGAUUGUGAUUUAUGUAGUUCAAAUGAUUUGAAAUGGUUAAUUGAAUAA